CCGCUUCCGGUGUCAUGGCAGCCUGAGGUCCCGGGAGUCGGUGCGGGCGCUGCAGGCCCCUCCCUGCGGAGCGGCGGGUCCGGGCGGGGAUGUGACGGCGGGCGCCGCGGGCCUGCCUGGCGCGUCGUGUCCGCUCGCGUGUCCUCGCCCCAGCCCGCACCAUGGCCGGGUCCGGCUGCGCGUGGGGCGCCGAGCCGCCGCGCUUCCUGGAGGCCUUCGGGCGGCUGUGGCAGGUACAGAGCCGCCUGGGCAGCGGCUCCUCGGCCUCGGUGUACCGGGUGCGCUGCUGCGGCACUCCAGGCUCGCCCCCCGGCGCCCUCAAGCAGUUCCUGCCUCCGGGAACCACCGGGGCUGCCGCCUCGGCUGCGGAGUAUGGUUUCCGAAAAGAGAGGGCAGCGCUGGAGCAGUUGCAGGGUCACAGGAACAUCGUGACUUUAUACGGAGUCUUUACCAUACACUUCUCUCCAAAUGUGCCAUCACGCUGUCUGUUGCUUGAACUCCUGGAUGUCAGCGUUUCGGAAUUGCUUUUAUAUUCCAGUCACCAGGGUUGCUCCAUGUGGAUGAUACAGCACUGUGCCAGAGAUGUUCUGGAGGCCCUUGCUUUUCUUCACCAUGAGGGCUAUGUCCAUGCAGACCUCAAACCACGAAACAUCCUGUGGAGUGCGGAGAACGAGUGCUUUAAGCUUAUUGACUUUGGACUCAGCUUCAAAGAAGGCAAUCAGGACGUGAAGUAUAUUCAGACAGACGGGUAUCGAGCUCCUGAAGCAGAACUGCAGAAUUGCUUGGCCCAGGCCGGCCUGCAGAGUGAUACAGAGUGUACCUCAGCUGUUGAUCUCUGGAGCCUUGGAAUCAUUUUACUGGAAAUGUUCUCAGGAAUGAAACUGAAACAUACAGUCAGAUCUCAGGAAUGGAAGGCAAACAGUUCUGCUAUUAUUGAUCAUAUAUUUGCCAGUAAAGCAGUGGUGAAUGCCGCAAUUCCAGCCUAUCACCUCAGAGACCUUAUCAAAAGCAUGCUUCAUGAUGACCCAAGCAGAAGGAUCCCUGCUGAGAUGGCCUUGUGCAGCCCAUUCUUUAGCAUUCCUUUUGCCCCUCAUAUUGAAGAUCUGGUGAUGCUUCCAACUCCAGUGCUCAGACUCCUCAAUGUGCUGGAUGAUGACUACCUUGAAAAUGAAGAUGAAUAUGAAGAUGUUGUAGAAGAUGUAAAAGAAGAGUGUCAGAAAUAUGGACCAGUGGUUUCUCUGCUUGUUCCAAAGGAAAAUCCUGGCAGAGGACAAGUCUUUGUUGAAUACGCAAAUGCUGGAGAUUCCAAAGCUGCUCAGAAAUUGCUGACUGGGAGGAUGUUUGACGGGAAGUUUGUUGUGGCUACAUUCUACCCGCUGAGUGCCUACAAGAGGGGAUAUCUUUAUCAAACCUUGCUUUAAUCAGUAACCUAAGGACUAUUUCCUGUUUCUCCUCUUCCAUUUCUUGGAUUAUUGUAUUCCACAGCUGAAUGCAGGAGCACCCUCUCCCCAUUUUAAAGGGUACUUGUACAUUUAUUAUCCUACCAAUGUGCAGCCUUUGCCCAAACAGUGACCACAUUGCAAACACGGCACUGAGUAGGACAAGACCUCUCAGCUAUACAUUGAGGGGGUUAGAGCACCCAUGUGGGCACCCUUUAUUUGUGCAGUAGGGCGGGUGCUGCUCUUUACUAUGUAACCUAAAAAGAUGUCAUUUCAUGUGCUGAUGAAGCAAAGACGAGUCAUUUGUCAUAGUGAAUAUUAUUAACAAAUCUGUUAGGGCUGGUGACAUCACAGAAUGUUUGUUGUGUUGUCAGGUGUAUCUCCUUGUUACUCUAGCUGGCACUGGAUGCUCUAAUAACGUUAAGUCAUUGUCAAGCAACAGUUACCUACCGUGUUCUUAACAAUGAGUUGUGAAUUUUUCUAAAGGAGUGCUGUAGGACUUAAUAUUCCUCUGAAGAAACUGCAGUGAGCCUAUCAAUGUUUUUAAAAUUACUAUUAAGGCUUUUAAAAUAGAAAGCUGAUGCUUGAUCUUGCACAAUUUUUAUGUCUAGUGUGUAUGCUUGAGUGGGUGUGCAGGUGUGGAAGACUGGAGAAGUCUGAGUCAGUGUACUUGACAGUGUGAGUCUUGUGUGCUAAUACAGUCUGUAACCAUUUCCUCCUUCCAGUUCACACUUGAGAGACUUGGGCUAUGGGUUUCUUGAAAGUUGGUGUGACAGAUAGAAUGUAAAUGACAAAGGAGUUCAUUACUGUAAAAUGUAGAACAAAGUGGUCUAGACCAGGGUUCCACGCAACUCUUCGAAGUGACUGGAACAAAGAAAGUGUGGGUACGUGCAAGCUACCCCAUUCUCUACUUCAGACCCAAGACUGGCUCAUCUCUUUUGUACUGAACCUCUUGUGAUAAUUGUAAAAUUUUUCCAGAUGUGAUUCUUUUCUGCUAUAAUGAAAUUGAAGUGGGUCAGAAAAAAAGGUAGAUGCACAGAGAUAGGACAAGAGAAAGCUGUGGAGAAGGCAGCUAACCACGGACGCUUCUCCCUGUCUGCCCUGCCUUGUCCUUCCCCUUGGCUCUUGCCACUGCAGUUGGAGGGCUUUUGACUGAAAGGGAGGGAAGAAAGGCCGACGGGUUUUAAGGUGGAAGUAGGAAAGAAGAAAACGCAGUUUCUAAGAGAAUAAUAGCAGUCUAGUGUGUCCUUGAUAGAGGCCGCCUGCUGUCAUGUGGGCUGAGGAGUGUGAGCGUGCAGUCUUCCUCUCCCGCAGUAGAGCGCCUGGGAAGGCGUACACUUAGGAAACGUUUGUAAAGCACUGGUCAUGCAGAUAACCCACAAGCUGUAUAUCUGUUACAGAAUUUUCCUGUUCCUGACCUGGAUGAAAGGUUAUUUAUUUAUUUCCCUUAGGGAAGAGUGUGUUUCUUUUCCUGCUGGCGGCCUGCUUAUGUAGUCUCUUGUUCAUACUGUUCAAGUUCCUGAGAACGCCAUUAAAACUUGCAUUUUACAGGAUGAAUUAUUUUACCCUGAUUAGACAUUUACUGUCCAACAUUUGUUAGCAUAAUCAAAUUUUUCAGAGCUCCCUCUUAUGAAGUUAAAUUUGGUAUAAGGGGAUUUAAUGAUGAAUUACAUCUGCUCUUAUGUCAUGGUCCCUGACGUGUGUCUUAGGAAGAAGGCUUUUCCAGGGGUUCAUUGGGUGGUUGGUUUUCAAGUCAGACUUGAGGAACAUAGAAUCAGGACUGUAAAGUCCUAACGAAGCUUUCCUAAAACAUAACUCUUUACAUGAGGAGCCGCUUCCGUGUUCAUCAGUAGCAGGUCUCUACAUCUCUACUGAUGAACACAGGCUACAAGUGAAUUCUUUUAAAGGGCAAACAUGUUCCCGUAGCUCAUAAAAAGAGAUCCUUGCAAAUAAACUGCAGGUAGGCGUCCAGGCUUAUCAUGCAGUGUGCUGCUAACUGCUGUGCUCACAGCAUUCUGUGAGCCUCAUCCUUGCUGACGUGCUUACGCGUGUGUAGUGUUUGACACUGUAGACUUGUUACAGGCGAUGCUAGCUAGAUUUUAAGGGAGCUGAGGAAGUAAGUGGGUAAGCCCAAGUAAUUACAUUGAAUUCAUUGAAUUAAAUCGUUUAUAUUGAAGCCACAGACUUGAAAACAAAAGAUAACCUACUAUGAUUUAAACAUUGUUUGAUAGCUCUUAGCCCAUUUUACCAAAGUGGACAGCUGCAGAUUCCUCCUCCUCUGAUGCUAUCAGGACUUUCAUUUUAAUAUCUUUCUUAAACUGGGACCAAAUAAAUACUACAAAAGAUGCAAUUUUCACAAUAAAUAUAUGCACAGGAAUUUUAGUUCUUUGAAGUUAUUGAAAAACCUAGAAUUCUCUUAUUAAGGGGUAAUGUAAAGAGGUGAGAUUUCAUGUUACUUCGUCCCUUUCUUUGGGGGCAAAUUUUAUCUCAGGUAGUUUUCUCUCCCUGUCUUAAGGUUUGUGCUUCCUUCCCUCUUACCUUCUUAGGUUCUUUACUCUUCCAAGGCGCUGCUAUAUGGGGGCACAGGAGUGGAUUGCCCUCGGGGAAAUUUUGGGUUCUUAGAAGUAUUUGGAGGAAGCAACUUGGAGCCAUUCUCAAAACUACCAUACUGUAGUCAGAAGAGAAUGGACACCCCAGGGCGUUGUUGCCUGCAUUUCACCAUAAGUCUGCGUUUAUUAUUAUGACUGGAUACCCUUCUUCCUGUGUGACCAUUGGCACAGCGUUUCUCUUUGGGACCUCUUCCUUUCUGCUAUCCCUUGAGCUAAAUUUAUGGCUGCUUUUAGAACCAAAUGCCUAACAUAGUUUUACUCCUCUGUCUCUGUUUUAUGAGAGCAGUGUGGCCUUGUUGCCAUGUGGCUGCUGAAGAGUGCCGAGGUGUGUGAGCCCGCCAACAGCUGCUGCCCCCGAGAGAAAGGUGUGGGGUGUCAGAGACAUAGGUUUCUCUCUCUCUCUCAUACUCUAGGCUUUCCUCAGGUGAGGCCUCAGUUAGAGUACCUUAGGAGCAGGGUUAGAGCCAUGUGUUUCGUGGCUUUUGUGAAUUGAACAGAGGCAGGCGGCUGACAACCUGGCGUUGUUCUUGGUAGUUCUCACUCCAGUUAGGCGAUUUUAUUUUCAACAGUCGACCAAAAUGAGCGUCACCGUGCCCACCGGGUGGGAAGUGUAACAGCGCAGUGGGUGAGGGACACACGGGUAACCAUGCACUUUACGUAGACUCUCACCAAGGGGUACAGGCUGGCCUGUUGACAUUAGGGUGCGGGUUGUGACUUUCCAUCUGUUGGAUGUGUAGCUAAGGUUCUGGGCAAGCGCCAUGUGUUUGCUGGCAGAUAACUAAACUCAUCUGGCUGAAAGCUCCAGGGAUGACUGACUGCAUGGUCGCCUUCUUCUUGGAAUAACUUGGAUUGAUUUCAUGUGAGUCCAGAAUUCCCUUGGCUUACUUUAAAAAAAAAAGUAUAAAACGAUUCCAGUUUGACUUAUUUCAGAAUUGGCAUAUUGAUGGAAAGGCCAGUUAUCUGUCACCUCUAAUUCUGGGAUCUAGUUUCAUUUAUCAGGUCCCUUCCUCAACUCUUAUUGCUCCAGAUCUCUAUUUCUUAUAAAUCGUGGUCACUUACACACCAGUCCUUGGUCACUGCUAGCUCAACAGAAUCCCGAUUUCUUGAGGUGCUCAGCAAGUCACCUUUCGUUGCCACAGGGUUUGGCACUCUCUACUUGGCAUCGCCCAUCUCCCCAAGUACACGCUGCUCUUGUUAAGGCUCUGUCACGUGGAGCUCAUCUGGUAUGUUUACAUUUUAGAUUUUGGCGGGGUUGGGUAUUCGAGACAGGGGUUCUCUGUGUAGCCUUGUCUGUCCUGGAACUAGAUUUUAGAUUCUUAAUCAUGGAGAAACUCGGAUAUUUUAGUUUUUAGAGUGUCCCCAUUUUUUUAAAAAUGAAUUUUGAUCCUUUCUCUACCUUAUACCACAGAAUGGAUUUCAUGAUUUUUAUCCUUGCCACCUCCCCCAGAUGGUGUUCACCAGUGACUAGUGCUUCAUUCUAUGACAAGCAGUUGGCAGGUACUAGGUAUUUAAGAAGGUAAACAAUUUAGAGUAUUUUUGCUAUGACUUUAUAGGAGAAAUGAGCUGUCAAAGAAAUAUGUGCAAGUCAGGGAGCAUUUAGGAUAGAAAGUUUUUGGAGACAGGGUUUUGCCGUGUAGCCUAGACAGGCCUCCAGCUCAGGAUCUUCUGUCUCGGCCUCCCAAGUGCUGCUUGUCACAGAUGUGCACCAUCUUGCCUGGUUCUGUCAGGAAACUGUUUAAUAGAUGGUUAUUUAGGUGAGUUUUCAGGAUGUAAGACUUAACACAGAAGUUUACACACAUUUUGUCGUCCUGAUAAAAACUUCAUUUUCCAUACUCAGCACUUUCCGAUUCUCGUGCUGCUUAUGGGAAUGGUUGUUUUAAGUCUGCUGUAUGUGUGCCUUUCAGAGAGUCACUAUCAUGGCAGGUGUUUUGCUGGCACCAUUCUAAAUGCGGGAGUUCCUGGGAACCUCACUAAAUGAUUGCCUGAGUAUGAAACUGGGUAGCAGCUGUGGUAAUGCAAAGAAAAAUUGGUGGCUCUUUUGAAGGCGUGUGUGUUUGGUGAACUGAGUUCUAGUGUUUAGUGGAAAGGCAGCCACGCUUUUACUUGCCUUACAGAUCAUUCAUCUCUGUUGUACAAAACACAGCUGAUUCUGCUCUGCUUCUCUGUUAAAGCAAAGCAGGUUACGUUCUUGGCAGAAGACUGGAGUUGUUUGUUUCUUACUGAGAGCCUGUGUAAGCAGCAGCUUCUGAUUAUCAGUGAGCAGGUUCUUCCCGUCUCUCCAUCGCGCCUCUUAAUAUUCACAAUCUUAAGACAGCAUCCAGAAGCAACAUGCGUAUGUUGACUCUUAGUGACUUGAAUGACUUUCAGCUGUGUUACUCUAUUAGGUAGCCAUCCGAAGGCUAUCAAAGAUUGAUGUGAGCAGAGAGGAGGAAAAACGACUCCCUUCCCGGUGUCAGCAAUCUUCCACGUAGAGGUCAUGGUCUAAGAAUCUAAACUUUUUAACCUGUAGUCUAAAGACAUUGCCUUCCUUAUGCAUUCCUCAUCCUUGUUUCCCCAAAAGAUUGUUGUCAGGGUUUGUGAGGCCAGGUUAAAUACCCAGAUCAGUCUCUCCUAGUUAUUGAAUUCCAGCCCUUGUGUACUUGGUGUUCACUACUCUUCUUGGGGAUCAGUCUCUGAGAGAAACUGGGGUCAGCCACCCCGUCCUCCUAAUGCACGUGGGGUGUGUGUGGCAUUCGUGUACACUAAUGCACUUAGAGCACCUUGUGGAAAGGGGCGGGGCAGGGUCUAUCAGUAAAACUUCGUCUGCACUUCUGUGAGCCCCGGAGUAUAAAGCUGUCACAUUUCCCCACACGAUUUACUUUUCACCCUUAAUUAUUUUUGAAAUAUCUUGAAAUACUCUAACAUUCCUUAAGUAGUGCCAAAUCUAGGGUAGAAGGUCCCCCCCAUCCUCAAAAGGCCUCCGUCUUUUUGAUCUUUUUGUCAUUCUUAGAAAUUUAUGAUCAGUACAUUUGAAUAGUCUGCUCUCUAGACUUGGUCAGCACUGGAGUGGUCAGUUGUGAAUAUCAAAACCUACUACUGUUUUCCUUUGGAGACGUGGAAUUGCCAUUUUGGGCACAGAAGGUCCUGUUUAAGCAACAUGUGACAGAUCACCUAAACCAAAGCCUGCCGUAAGGGGCGCCGACUCCCGGUGGUCACCAUCACCUCCAUCGCUGGGACAGGGCCGUGUCAGUGCACAGUGAGUGCUGUCUGUAGUGUCUUUCUCUACCCGGGGUCUCUAGCGUGUCACUCUUCACAUUUCCCGAAUCCCCGAUGCUAAGAUUCUGUUUUGUGGUGUUUUACUGCUCGUGUGUGAUUGGUUAUUGUUUUUUUAAUGUUGUUUGUUUGUUUGAACCAAGUGGGACUAUAAAUGUAGAUAGAUGUGUUUUAGUACCAAGAUGUUCUUUUUUCAAAGCCCUAAAUUUCUGAUUUCAUUAUCAGUCUUCAGAUGUCUAUUUUAUUGCUGAGGAGCAGAGGACUUUAUUUCCACCUCCCUAUAAAGUGUGAGCACUGUGUUCAGCGAGCUGCAUUGUGUGCUUUAGCUGAGAACUUCUCUGUAAACACAGUUGCCUUGUUGAGUUUCGUUGUAAACUGACUCGCCAUGCGAUGCACUGUUGAUAGCUUCCUGAUGUGUGGUGGACAAGAGUGAUAAAAUAAAGCUUACAAAGAAAAGA